AUGUAUUAUAACUUGAACAUUUUAACCAUUUUUAAGACCGAAGCACCCGAUCCAUCCGGAAGUACUGAUACUACGACUGAAGAUACUCAAAGGUUAUGGACGAUAAUUGACUUACCAGAAAUAACUUUUAAGACAUUUCACCCAGUGAGGACGAACGUAUUCCCCCAAGCGACCCCUGUUGCUGCUUCUUCUGCUGCUAAUACUGUCAUUUCAAAUCAAACGACUAUGAUGGUCGGUGCUAACAACGGGUGUGGGUGUGAACGUCACCAGCGGACGACGACUGAAAGUCCGCCGAGCGAUUUAAUAACCCGCGUCAUCAAGUACCGGAAAAAUAUGGCGAUGUAUCGUCAAACCGCGGAUUCGGCGAUACGACGAAAAAAAAAAGAAGGGAAAAAAAAUAAGGAAGUAAAGGAAUUUGAAGAUAGCCAAGAUAGUAGCCAAGAAAGUAGCCAAGAUAGAGCAGAAACAACUACUGGGAAUGAUGGUGUUGAUUCUCAGGAAAACAAAGAUACAGCUACUGCUACAGCUAACCCAAUAGAAUAUUUGACCAUGGCAAUUUUUUUACGUAAGAUUCUACUAUUUUAUUUCUGCAUACGUGAUGUUGCCAGUCAUCAUACUGCAGCAAUGAUGAUGAGUAACAAUCGAACUAUGUUCAUAAAUGGCUAG